UAUCUUUGUUUAUCUAUUUGUAACAUUCUAUAAGAAAUAGUUUCCUCAUAGAUAUAAAAUGGUUUAAUAGCUUUAUACUCUAUGAUUUGUUUGAAAAUAAUCAUUCCUACAAAUAAUCAAUGUUCCACCGAAAUGAUUAGCACUUGUCAUUAAUUUGAACAUUAUUAACAUAGCAUGUGCUUAGAUUCUUUCGGUGACAUGUACAUACAAACAUGAAAAUAUAAAGAAUAGUGUUUGUAUAUAUAUGAUGGUGUACUAUAGAUCUAGAGUGUUACAAUCAAAUCUAUCUCAUCUUCCCAAUGGAACUUAAAACUUUGGUAUUCAUCAUCACCAUCUCUAUCACCGCUCCACUUCCAUCGCUCUCUUCUCAAACCCCAUCCAACAAAACAGCACCAACACUAAGUUCUUCUCAAUACAAAAGCCUAACCCGCAACACCAUUCAACAGCAGUUUCUCCGACCACACAACGCCUUACGAGCCAAGCUUUAUCUCCCUCCUCUCAAAUGGAGCAACAGUCUCGCCCGCUAUGCCACCCGGUGGGCAAGAACCCGCCGUGGAGACUGCAACCUUAUCCACUCCGGUGGACCUUAUGGGGAGAAUCUCUUUUGGGGAAGUGGAAAAGGGUGGACCCCAAAGGACGCGGUGGUUGCGUGGGCUUCGGAGAGGAAAUUCUAUGACCGGAGGACUUACCGAUGUAAGGCGAAUGGUGACUGCUUGCAUUACACACAGCUUGUGUGGAAGAAGAGUUUGAGGAUUGGAUGUGCAACUGUGUUUUGCAUGAGCGGUGACACUUUUAUCAUUUGUAAUUAUGAUCCUCCGGGUAACAUUGUCGGACAACCACCCUUUUGAAUGUUGUGCACACCUCAUUUAAAAUUUUCUUUAUGUUUUCUGAAAACAUGUUGUAAAUUUAUCAUAUAUGAUAUAUCCAUAUCAUAAAUUUAAAAUCAAAAGUUAAACCUUCA